AUGUCUCAGCAAUUUCAAAACGUAACUUUGUCUCUGACUCUACCGAUAUCAUGUCAGAUCUGUCUGGGAAAGGUGCGUCAGCCCGUCAUUUGUUGCAACAACCACGUGUUCUGCAACAGCUGCAUUAAAGUUUGGCUGGAGAAGAACAGCCAGUGUCCAACAUGCAGGGUAGCCAUCACUGCAGAAAACCCCUGUAGAGAAAUCAUCGGAGCCACAGCUGAUGGUGAGUCCAGCGAGAGUUGUUCUUUUAAGAGACGCCUCAGAAGGACUCGAGGAGAGCUGCUUUUCCGUGAAUAUGAGGAUGAAAUCGAAACCCUUGUGAAAGAGAACGAGGAGUUGAAAAGCAAAACCCUGAGCCUUGAGAUGCAACUUAAGACCGCUCUGGAACCGACCCCCGUCUUGGUUCCUCAGACUGAAACCAGCACUGUUGACCCCAAUGUUCUGGAGGAGUCGACCAAUAAGCUAAAAGCUGCCAGUGACCUCUACAGGAAAGUCAAACAGGAUCUCGACAGACUAAAAGAGGCUAACAAGACUCUACGGUCACAGAAUUUUGACCUGAUCCAAGAAAAUAUGCGUCUGAAAGCUGAAGUUGACAGCAGAUCUCCGCAAAAAUUCGGCAGGUACACAGUUGCGGCUCUCGAAUCUAAAAUUCAUCAGUACGAGCGGGAUGUGGCCCAGCUAAAAAGAGCUUUGGAGCGCAGCGAUAAGUAUAUAGAAGAGCUCGAAGCCCAAAACCAGAGGGACAGACCUCAGUCUGAGGAGGGCACGUGCUCCGGCAGCACCGCAUCUGGGGGAACACAAAAUGGAGAAGUUGAAAGGAUCACCCUGAUGCGGAGGAGCCUGAGUAAUAUGGAGGAGACAUCUGUUUGUACAGACCUGGACCGAGAGCGCACGGAGCUUCCCAACAACCACGCUUGCCUCCUGACAACUUCAGAUGUGGGUUUUUUAGGAGGGGCCUUGACUCCUCAGAAAGAUGUUACGGUUCCCACUACGCCUUCCUCGGCCCUCAGAUCUCUGAGCUUGAAGAGUCCUGGGGUUUGCAGUGACAGAAAGUUGGUUCUCAAACCUUUGACAUACCUGAGAAGACUCACUUUUGAUGAUUGUCAGAGUUCAACCAGCACAGCCUCGGUCGACCAAAACCCAGGACCCUUCCAAGCCAACACGGGUGCUCCUUUCAUUCAGAAAACCUCUAUGAACUCCAACAAAGAGGUGUCGUGUGGGGGCUGGAUGGACUGCGGUUCUGAGCUACCCCAUCUGGAUGAAAACAAAGAAAAGUUCAACACAUCUUUAGCCGAGGACCCGACGGGCAACAGCGAAGCUUGCAUGGACGCGGCGUACCUGGACAAGAUCUCAGAGUUGGACUCCAUGAUGGCUGAGGGUGAGAGCUCCAGCAGCCAGGUCUCUCGCCUUCCCCUAGCAUCUUCAUCAUCGCCCCUGCCAGACUUUGAUGCCGCCCAGAUACCAGAGCUGGAUUUCUGUAGCAACCUCUUAGGUGAUACCGGAACAGAAAGAGAGAACGGGGCCACAUCGCCGGCACAGGUGAACACCAACAACGCUUCGGCUUCUGAGGGAAACGUUGCAUUUGUUGACUUCAUGGUGGAACAUCCUGGACAAUCCACCAAACGCAAGUGUCCCACAGGAUCGUCCGUCUCCAGCCCCUCCAAACUUUCAAAACUAAAGUAGAAGCAGAAACAUUUCAAAUAUUUUCCAGUCUCCAUUUGGAUUUACUUUUCAGUGAAUGUUUUGUGGAAGUACAGACUGUGUGUUUUCUCAGGACUGUUUAUUACAAAUUUGUCUUGCUGUUCAUUAUUAUGACAGCAGUUCUGAAAACAUCUGUAACCUGAGGAUCUAAGUGCUAGCGUUAAAACAUUUUUUUUUAACUUUGAAUGCAUUGGUGAUUGUUCAGUAUGAUGUUGAAGUGCUGAUUUGGUUUUGAAUUGUAAAAACAAUAAAUUCAAUUGAAGCAUACAGUUUGAAAUAAACUGUGUGAUAUAUUAUUUUUGGAAUUGGGUGUAAACUUGCAU